AUGUGGCUAAAUUUAAUAGGAAAUCAAAAAUUAUUCAGUUUGGAUCCGGUCCGAGUGUACAAAAAUUAUCGUGUUUGUCAUUCACACUUCAGGCCGGAAGACAAAUCUUCAAAUAUGUAUUUAAUAUGCAGCACACUACCAUCACAGAAUUUGCCACAGAUUGAGAAUUUGGAAAUGGCACCCGGUACAUCAAAAAUAUUAAACGUUGAAGAGAUCCCGAGUACAUCAACUACUGUGGAGAUGCCGACUACAUCGAGUGGAAUAUUGAAUAUUGAGGAAAUGCCGACUACAUCGUCGGAAAUAUUGAAUUCAUUACCGG